GCUUGCGACGCGUGUAAAUGGCUGCCUGCUGCUUGUCGGUAGACUUGAAGCAUGUGAAAUGUCAAACUGUUAGAUUUUAGCCAGCAUAUUAUUUUCAAGAUAUAUUUUACUUGUUCCGAAACAGUUCGCUAUGAAUGCAUACGAUAGGGGGACAUCUGGCAUGUCAGGCAGUGCCUUCGAUCGCUGGGUGCAAAAAGCUGACUUGCCAGAUGAUUCGGCAAUAACUAAAAUGCAACAUCAAUACUGGGUGACAAAACAAGCUUUAUCGCAGAAGCUUGGUAAAAAAGAGGAUGAGUGCAUUGUUGCUUCGGAUGCAGAACUUGAUUCUAAGCUGGAACUAUUUCGUAGUAUCCAAGAAUCCUGUUUACAUCUGCAAAGAAUAAUUGACAAAUACCAAGAACGUUUAUGCAACCUAGCGCAAGAAGAAAAUGCUAUGGGCCGAUUUCUAAAGGAAGCUGGUAAACAGGAUAAAACUAGAGCUGGCAAGAUGAUGUCAGCAGUUGGAAAAUCUCUAUCGUACUCAGGGCAACAAAGACUUGCUCUAAGAGCACCUUUAGUCAGAUUGUAUCAGGAAGUUGAGACUUUUCGGCAAAGAGCAAUUGAGGACACUUUGCAAAAUGUUCAAUCUAUGGAAAAAGCCAGAACUGAAUAUCGAGCUGCCCUUUCUUGGAUGAAGAAUGUUUCUCAAGAAUUGGACCCAGAUACUUUUAAGCAACUAGAACGUUUCAGAAAAGUGCAAACUAGAGUUCGAAGAGGUAAAUCAGCGUUUGAUCACUUGGCUCUGGACUGCCUGCAGAAAGUGGAUUUAUUGGCAGCAGCGAGAUGCAAUAUGUUUAGUCACGCACUUGUUCUGUACCAAAGUACUCUUUUGAAUUUUACCAAAAAAUCUGCUCAAGCAUAUGCAACAAUAGCAAACAGCUUCAAAGGGUAUCAACAGUACGACUUUAUGGUUGUAAAAGAACUCGCGGAGACUUCUAUCAAACUGGCACAGAAAACAGGUGGCAACGAGGAUCUGGACGACAAAGAUAAAUUGUUGUUCUUCGAGUCGGAUUAUCAUGAUAAUGUGGAGGAGGCUCAAGAAGUGAAAGCAACUGACGAGAAGAAAGCAGAAGCAGUUAACAUUGAAAAAGAUAAUGAUGAAAAAUUACUGGAUAUUGGAGAUGAUUCGCAUAUUUCAGAUAAUACGGAACUGAGUCUUUCAAAAAUGCAUUUGAAUACUGACGAUGUGAACAGAGAUAAAGGUCUUCAGAGCUUUUUAAACAACACCCAAGACAAGGAGCUUGCUGAUUUCUUUAAUAACAUAGAUCCACAGACCAAGAAAUCGGACGAAGACAAAUCUGCGAAAAAGAUAGAUCAAGUCAAAUUGGACGAAAGUCUGACACAGCUGGAUUUGGCAAUGGAUUCAUUCACUGGCACUGGUGUUGGUUUUGAUUUUACCAACUCUCCACUCUUCAAUCCUCAACAACAACAACCGCAACCACCUCUUGACUUGUUAACCUCAGAAAGUGUAGCCUUAUUUGAAGAAAUUUUGCAUGCCACACCUAGUACGAGUGCCAAUGAUUGGGAAAUGAUGUCUGGUGAUACCUUCUUACCACCUGGUAUAUUGAAGCAGAGUUUAGGAGCUGCCACACUUGGUACAAAUCAAAAAGAUCCUGUUAGCGCAAGCAAUGACAAUAAGCAGAACAAAAGUAAAUCAAGUAAACCAGGAAACUCUUGGCUGGACUUAUUUGCUGAGUUAGAUCCACUCGCCAACAAUCCAAUGGAUAGUCUGAUCAGCGAUAGAAAUGCCCCUGCUUAGUCCGACAUUUUUAUAUAAUAUUUGAACUAGUAAUUCGUCAUUAUUUAUAUGACUUGGCCAUUUUCAAUUUUAUACGGCAUUCGUGACAGGUCUGCCGUUAUUGAAUAGAUUAUAUGGCUAUUAUUCCUAGUCAUUUAACAUCCCUUAAAUUUACAUUAUACUUUUAGUUUUAGAAAAUCUAACUUUUAAUUAUUAUUGAGAGUGCAAAAUAUUAAAAGAAAUAUCUACAACGUAAGUAAAAAUAACCGAAUUAUAAGUUACCUGUACGUCUAUUUGUACUUAAUUCAAGUAUUUAUCGUUACUACUGAACAUUCCAAAAUGGAGAUGAACAUACCAGUUUAUAAAAAAAAUUUAUGAAAUACCUAUGUUCACGAAUCUCAUAUAAUGUGUAAACACAGAGGAAUUUAUACCAAAGAGUUUCUACCAAAAAUAAUCGUAUUAUACAUACAUAGAUGUAUUAGACUACAUUCAAAAUCCAUGGAUUUGAUCGUAAUUUUUAAUAAUAAUAAUAUAUUAUUACAUUUUUACAGGAAUUUAUUAUUUAAAAAUGGCUCCGAUGAAUACGAGACCACUUUUUGUAAUAUGGUUUUAAAUUAAUUUAAUUUAAUUACAAAUUUUUCGAUAUUUUCUGUAAUGUACCGAUCACCUGUCAAAUCCAUUAUGAAAAGGGUACGUUCACCACAAUAAAAGUAUUACAAAUGA